AAAUCUUGUCAGCUGUGGUUGAAUGAAAUAAUCUCAUACUUUGAAUUUACAACCCUAUCAGCAAUGUAUCUAUUUUACAAGAUAUAUUUCAGAAUAAAGUUAUUCUAAAGGAAUACAUUCAACAAGCAACUGAAUUUAAAACUUCAAUAUUUUCAUAUCCCGAUGUUUGUGGAAAUAACUGUCGCAGUAAAUUAUAUAUUAUCACAUUUAUACACAAAGCUUCCGAGACGUCGAGUUGAUAGUUUCGGUGAAGAACUUGAAAAGUAUCUUCUAGCCAAAUUCCAACAUCAUUGGUACCCUAGUGACCCACUUAGAGAUUCUGCCUAUCGGUGCAUUAAUUCUGUCGGUCCUCAGGUAGAUCUUCUACUUCCUGAAGCAGCAGCUGUGAGUGGGUUAGAAUGGAGUGAAAUAGAAACAUGUCUUCCAGAAGGUCUCAUUAUAAGUGUGGAUCCAGGACAUGUGGUGUGCCAAUACACCCAGUCUAACUGUACAGGUCAUGACAGAAUCCUUUCGAACCAUUGGCCAUCAUCACCAAUUUCCUUAUCAUCAUCUGGAUGUUCUUCUGCAUCUUCUAUCUCAUCAUCCAACUUGACAAAUUCAUCUCAGAUUACUCACCAAGUUCUUUACAGUUUACAAGGUGGAUGGAUUACAAACAAUACAAAUAUGUUAGAUGGAAGUAAACGAGGUCAGCUUCUAACAAAGCUUAGACGUUUCGAAAAUGAUCAUGGCAAUUUACUGUCUACAGCUGCUGCUUUGAGUGUGUUAGUUGAACCUGAUGAAGGAAUCGACACCAAAUUUGAGCCUAAUACAAUGUAUGGAGUAAACUCCUUAGGUUUGAACCAUUCAAACUGGAACAAUGAAUCUUCUGUGAUCGGUACAUCUGUAAUAAAUCAGGAAGAACCUUCUAGGACUGAACCAAAUGAAUUUGAUUUAAAAUCUAUAAAUCCCCUACAAGCUGAAAUGUAUCAUGAGAAAGAAAUGUCAAAAACAAUGAAUACUUUUCCAUGGGGUGUUUCUGAAAACGUGAAAGAAUCUUUUUUAUCUAUAACAGGUAAUGAUCCGAUUGGCGGAACACCAUCAACAACUCAGUCUGUUAUUUUCAAUGCCAAAACAAAUACAUUCCAUUCAUUUCAUCGUUCCUCCUCUCAUCCUCCUCAUUCAGGUCAGUUAACAACAACCCAUGGUAAAGAAUCUAUUGCACUGUCAGCAAAUUUUGAGAAUUCAAAUGUUCUGUGCUCAAAAUCUGAUCAACCAUUCAAUCAAAUGUUUACAAAUCCAUUACCGAAAUCAUAUCCAACAUACAUACAACCUCUUAAUUCAUCACAUCCAUUCGUUCAAAAAUCUACAUCUACUCCAAGUUUUACAGCGGCUACUUUUGCUCAAACUAAAUUUGGCUCAACUAAGUUGAAAAGUCAUCCAAAACGUACACCUACUCGUAUUCUUUCCCCAGCAACUGUACAACAAACUAUUACAGCUAAUGAGAAUUUCUUAUCAAACGAUAGUGUUCUGACCAACUUUUUAACAAAUAACCAGCGUUUCGAUGCAUCGAAUUCAUCAAACAUGAGUGCAUUUAGAAGUUUUUUACCAAUGAAUAUUGAUAUAAAUACAACUAAACAAACCGGUUAUAUAACAAUGAAUGAAUCGAAUAUUUCUGAUCACAAUGAUUAUCUUAAUAUAAAUUUACAUGAAAAUGGGAAUUCAGUAUCUGAAAUGAAAUUUCUACCCAUUUCAUUUCAUCAAAGAAAUACAUAUAAUCGUAGUAAUAAUAAUCACAUUAAUCAUAACGAUACUUUUUUAAUAUCGAAUUUAGAAAAUUACCUAUUAAAUUCAUCGGAAGAUACUAGUCCAAAUAGUGUUUUGGAGAGGAUUCAUUUGAAUGAGGUUCAUAAUGAUGGUCAUACUGCAACGAGUUAUUGGCAAUCAUCAUUUGAAAAGCAUUUACAAUCUACCAAUAUGACAAUGGUAACAACAGAUGAAACAGAUCUGAAAUCAGACAAUAUAGAUUUUACCAAUUUAGCUGAUUGCACAAAUUGGAAUAAUAAUUAUUAUUCAUCAGCUAAUAGAACCACAUUUAAUCAUGUAUCGAACAAUUUACAUUUGGACAAUAAUUUCAAAAGUAAUUUAACAGGACUAUCAUCAAUCUGUGUUUCCAGUCCUGCUGAACAGCAUCAGAUCCAGCAACAACAAGUAAACAUGAAAACAAACGAAAAUUUAACCGGUAGCAUUGAAGCACCGACAUCAAAUGACGUUUCCAACAUUAAUAAUGAUUGUCUAUUAGAUGAUGUUCUACUUUCUACACAGAUGGUAAAUUUGCUCUUAGAAGAGGACAGUCUAACUGAUUCAAAUUAUCGUGAAAACGUGUUCAAUUAUUUACAUUCAGAUGAUGAUGAAAUAGAAGGAUUUAAAGAUAUUAAAAGUCAUUUGACCUUAACGAACAAAGAAAGUGAUCAGAAUGGUAAAGAUAUUCAUACUGAUAAUAGGAUUAGUUGUAAUAAUGGUCAUUUAGCGUUCAAAGAAGUAGAACCAAUUACAAAAUAUAAUGAAUCUAAUUUAAUUCAUACAGGAACAUCGAUAGCUGGUUCAGUCACAGAUAAUAUGCCUAGCAUGGUUGCAACAUAAAUUGUUUAGUCUUUCUAGAAAAUUCAGGAAGACUUUUUGAUUUGUUCCUAGUUGUAAAACUUCCAUAUUUUUCCCAUCGCUUUAUUCUUAUUUUAUGGCUUUCCUGAUUUUCUCACUAACAUUAUCGUUCUUUUCUCUCAUGCUCAAGUUUUUGGUUAUUUUCUAUACAUUUAUACAUGCAGAUUAGUAUAACUAUUGCUAAUUGUCAUUACCAUUUACAAAAUACCAUCAUAUAACUGAAAACUUAGAGUCCAUCAUUGUUUUUUGUGUUACCCUUUCCUAAUGAAGACAUAAACAACAUAAUGCUCUAUUUUUAUCUAUUUUUCACUGUUAGUUUUGUUAUAUUUCAAUGAUUUAUUUUCACAAAAAAAAUAACCCAAAACUCUCCCAAUUCUGUCCAACUUCAUUUCCUUAAAUACGAAUAAACACAUCGUAGAACUACAGACACACAUAUAGAUUAUAUACCAUACUAUACUUACUGAUCAAUAAUAAAACUACGGAUUUGACCUUAAAAUUGACAUCUAAUCUGACGCACGCUCAAGUGUGUCUGUGUACACUCUCGGAAUGUAUAUGACAUGCAUUAACUGGAAAAUUCCCUGCUAUGGCCGUUUCAUAGACUAGUGUUCUUUUUUGUGUGUGUGAAAUAUACAGAACAUUUAUCUAUCUAUCUGAAAAUGUCAUAUAUUGAUUCAUGAUUUAAAAUCGAUGUUUUGCUUUUACUAUCUGAUAGAAAAUUUAAAAAAAAAAUCAAUAGCCUAUCUCUUACAUAAAUUUCCAUUAAUCAUCCGUUCAAAUGGAAGCUAGGAUAAAUAAACAUGGAAUGACGAAAGAUAUUAAGAAAUUUGACAUUAUAAUGAUGUUGCACAGUAGAAAUGUUCAAUUUCGAAUAAAUUUUGAGAUCUGAGACUGUAUAAUAUGAAUGUAGAAAUCUCAAUAGAUCUUUCAGAUUUCUAAAACAAAAUUAAACAGCACAGAUAAACUUCUCUAAACACAAAAAUAAUACGAUAAAGAUCUAUUAUUUUAUUUAUUUGCUUUCCUAUUUUUAAUUUAUCUAGUCAAUUUUGUUUUUGUUUUUAUUCGAUCAACAAAGCUUAUUGUUGCUUAUUGAAUAACCAACUGUUCAGUGUAACAUUAUCAGAGGUUGGUUGCUACUCAUCGCUAACUAUCAUCAACCAUGAGUUCUUUCUUUUCUUUUUGACUAGUUUUUUUAUAUUAAAUGCCCAGAAAAGAAACAUUGACAAAUACACACAGAGUAUAUGCUUGUUCCGAAAGGAUUCAGUGACCCUAUUUUUAUCAGCAGUUUUUUUACUGUUUCUACGAUUGUUCAGUGAUUAUUAUUACUGUUAUUAUUGUCACAUACAUUACUAUUGUUAUUAAUUUUACAAUUGUUAACUUUGUUUUGAGUCUUGGUAUAAUAAGUGGUAAACUGAAACGAUUUCUGUUACAAAUCUGAACUAUGAUAUCCAACUGAUAUGACCGCAUUUGUGUGUCUGAAAGAGAGAGAGUAAUUAUUGAAUGUAACAAACCAAUCAUUCGACAGUUUUCUAUUCUUUUUUUUUUCUAUUCGCAAAUCUUUCCAUUGUUCUCUUUUUUCGAAUGUAUGUGUACAUGCGUGCGUAAUUAUUUGUGCCUAAAGAAUUCAGACAAAAGCAAUAUGAAUGUGAAACACAACAUGUCUUCAUUUUCUUCUAAGAAAAGUUUUUCGUCUUUCCAACACUCCACUUAUUUUCUUAACUUUUACUUAGCUUCAUUUUUAACUGCUUUGCGUGGCUAGACUCACUUAAACAUAUACACAUAUGGAAAAUAAUAUAUGACUACAUUUAUUUAUGAGGUGUAAUGUAAGAUCCAAAAAAGACGGUCAAACACAGUAGGAGUCUCAUAAGGUUGUUGUAUUUUUUUAAUUACCAUUAUUUUAAGCUGUGAGAGAAUUAGUCUUUUUUUCAUAAGCUUGUGUACUUUUUUCCAUGUUUUUAAUUAGUUUAAUUAAUAAUUAAUAAUUCCUAUAUAUGAGCAUUUUAAUUUGUUAGUUAUCUAUUGAUUGAAUCUACAUAGUAUUGGUGAUCAAAAAUGAAGAGAAUUUACGGUCUUGAUAAGGUCUAGUUGUUAAGAUUCAGUUGUACUGACAGUGAACAAUGAGUUAUCGAACGAGGUUAGUUAUUUGCUUAUCUAACUACCAACAUGUUUUCUUUAUUAAAGGUUGGUGUUAUAAAUAAUGCGAUUGAUUUUGUGAUGAAAACUUACGAAUUUUCCGUACUUUAAUCCUUUUUCGAACUUAAUGGUUACUGUCAAAAGUAAUAUUUUAGUGAACGAGAACUCAGGUACAACAACCCAAUUUAUUGUUUUAUGCAAAGUUACACAGCGCCUUCGUAAAAUAUGAAUAUCAUACAUUAAAUACAUCAUUUUUAUAUCUUCCUUGAGUUAUCUUUAACAUACUCUAUCAUUCAGCUAAUUCUGUUGUUAUUCCGAUCGCUCCCCGUUUUUCUUCUUGUUCUCUUCAUUUCAAUCAUCUGCUAGUAACCGUUCCACAUCUUAUUCCACUGCAUACCACUUAUAUCUGUCCACAUAAGAAGCGUGCACCACAAUAUGAGCAUCAGAGGCCCGCUAACUGAACUGCGAAAGUAGGGAAUUGGCGAACAUUUGUAUAUAAACAUUUUAUGUUUGAUUUUUAUUUUGUGUCAUAGAGAACUGGAAUUUUAUGGUUGUGUAGAUUAGUGUAUAUAAUGAAUUUGCCUAAUUUGUGUAGAUUUAUUCAAUUUCAGUUCAGGAUCUCCAUGAGUUUCAUGAUUACUUAUUACAUGUCCUUAGCAAUGUAAGUAAUGUAAUGAAAAAGAAGUAUCUUGAUAUAUCUUCUAUUUAAUCUAUGGAGCUUUCAAAUUUCGCUGAUGUCUUAUAAAUUUUAAGCGUUCAUUACUAAUUAUCUUAUGAAAAAUCUAAGUGGCUCUAAUCGAAUCAAUCAAAUGUUAAAAAAUUGAAAUAACGUAGGGAUUUGUUAAGCUACAUCUGUGGAUUUCUAAUCUCAAUUAGUAAAACAGAUAUAUGAAUGAAGCAUAUUCUUUACAGUAAGUUCUCAUCAAGUUCUUUAGUUACAAAUCUGAAUUGAUGUUUCGAAGAGAAGUUUUAACAAUUACACCAGUCCUUAACCUGCUGUGAUUUUCAAGUCUCUAUAUAUAUAGCCUAGUGAAAAGUUAUUGGAAAGAAUAUUCUUUGUUCAUAAUAUUUGUUUGAAUACGAUAGGAAUUUUCAAACAGCUUCGAAAAUCUUAGCCACAUAUGAUCAAAUGAAAUACUAUAAUAUAUUAGAGUUCCUUACAUUUGAAGAAUUAUAGAUAUGAACUAUUGGAUUAUGAAUCACUAGGGUUUGAAUAGUAAUAUGCUUGUAGUGGGAUUUCGUUGUCCUUCAACCUCAUAUCGAGUUGAUAUUGACGGGAAUAAAUAAAAAAAAUUCCAAAAUAAAAUAAAAUAUUUGUUUAGUUCUCUUUAUUUUUAGAUCUUUGAUCUUACAAUAAUUCUCUAAUGGAUGUUAAUUUAUGAUGAAAAACUAUCUUGAUGGAAUAUAGUACCAACACAUUUUAACAGAUAAUUGAUUCGUGAUGAAAAUUGCAUGCAAGUAGAAAAUUCAUUUCUAUUUUUUCUGUUUGUUUACAGACUAAUGAGAUUUAAUAGAUUUUGUGUCACAAUUGAUCAGUAAAAAUUAUAAAAAUAUAAUCAUAAAAUGAAUACUGAAAUAAUUAUACCUUCUAGGCAUUAUUAAUUAUAAGCAAAGAUAGAUAGUGACUAGCAGUGGAAUCCAGGACACGCGUUUCAUCCUAUAUGGGACUCGUCAGCUAGAUGUAACUGCAUCUCAGGGUUGAUGUUCACUCUGUGACUCAAACCCAGUAUCGUUCGCUCUAAAUGUCAUCGCGUUAUCCAUUUAGCUACUGAUUCCUGAUAGCCACUUGCCUGUGCAAUGGGGUGGUGUUUAAUUCGCUUAGUAUUGUUUUAUUUGAAUCUCCUCAUUGAUGUUUAGGACUACAAUUGAUCAGUUUUUUAUCGGCAUAUGUGCAUACUGUGCGUAUCGCCUUGACAUUGUCCUUGAUUCCAUUGCUAGCCACUAUCCAUCUUUGCUUAUAAUACUUAUAAAUUACGGCAAUAUCGAGGCAAUACGCACAGUAUGCACAUAUGACAAUAAGAGACUGAUCAAUUGUAGUCCUAAACAUCCAUGCGAAGAUUCAAGUAAAACAGUACCAAAUGAAUUAUUGACUAUAAUUAAUUUGUAAUUAAAUAAGAAAAGAAAAUAAUUAACAUUUGAAAUCUUUUUAUCAUCCAUUUAUG